GCGAGACUCGAAGCGCUGUGGGGACUCUGGGAGAAUAUAAGCCGCUGAAGGGACCAGGGUGGGCAGACGGCAUUGGAAGGCGACGGAAGUGGUCGUGCUGAAGAGGGUUGGGAGAGGGCUGCCGAGGCAGUUCCCUCGGCGUCGCUGGGCGCCUCAGCAAGGCGCAUUUGCACUCCUUUCCGAGUGCUUGGCCCAGUCUCUCCCCCUUGGCCGAACAUGGACUUCAGGGAAAUUCUCCUGAUAGCUUCCAAAGGACAAGGUGUCAACACUGUCCCCAAAAGGUAUAGUUUGGCAGUGGGACCUCCUAAGAAAGACCCAAAAGUUAAAGGUGUCCAAUCAGCAGCUGUACAAGCUUUUCUUAGAAGAAAAGAAGAGGAGCUCAGACGAAAGGCCUUAGAAGAGAAAAGGAGAAAAGAAGAACUAGUGAAAAAACGAAUUGAGCUCAAACAUGACAAGAAAGCAAGAGCUAUGGCCAAGAGGACAAAAGAUAAUUUUCAUGGUUACAAUGGGAUUCCUAUUGAGGAGAAGUCAAAGAGGAGGCAGGCGAUGGAAAGCCACACCAGCCAGGGAACAGACCAAGAGUACGAGAUGGAAGAAGAGGAUGAAUUCUUAGAAUACAAUCAGGUGGAGUUGGAGCAGGAGUAUGAGGAAGAACAAGAACCUCCUAAAGUUGAAAGCAAACCAAAGGUCCCCCUUAAAAGUGCCCCACCACCCAUGAACUUCACCGAUUUACUGAGGCUGGCUGAGAAAAAGCAGUUUGAACCAGUGGAGAUCAAGGUGGUGAAGAAAACAGAAGAGCGACCUAUGACUGCACAAGAACUUAAGGAGCGAGAAUUUCUUGAACGAAAGCAUAGGAAAAGGAAACUGGAGACAGAUGUGAAACUACCUCCAACUGUAUCUAAAAAGGCAUCCUCUCAGAAGGAAAGUGUGGGCACAAAACUUAACAAAGUUCCUGGGGACAGGCACCCUUCUUCCAAAGGAAUGUCCUUUCCUCAUACUGAGAAGAAAUCCAGACCCAGCACAGCCAGUGAGAAACAUUUAGCUUUGUCUUCAUCUAAAUCCGUGCCAGGAAAGAGAACCAAGGCAGGAUCUGGCAACAGCUCCCAGCCCUCACUUUGUGAGGGUCAUGACAGACCUGUUUUCAAUGGGGCUGUGAAGCCCUACUCCAGCACCUAUUCCCCAAGUGUCCCAAAGACUUCUGCUAGCGGAACUCAGAAAUCUGCUGCUGAGUACAAAGCCAAAAAACUUCCUUCUUCCCAUCCUAGCCAUUCCAAACCUGGGCCUACUGUCACUCCCCAGAGUAAGGCUAAGAGUCCAGGUGUCAGACAGCCAGGCAGCACCUCCAGCUCAGCCCCUGGGCGGCCCAGUCUGGGGACCGCUCGGCCCACACUUAGUUCUGGCUCUGUUCCCAGGGGCCAGAAUGGCAGCUCCAGCUCAGGACCCAAGCGAUCAGUCAGUGGAACUAAGAAGCUGUCCAGUGACUUAAAUCCCUCUGGGCGGACAGUCAGUGGUACAAGUGGUCCUGGGCGACCGGUCAGUGGCUCAGGUAAUUCCAGGAGACCUGUGGGCAGCUCUGGAGGCUCUGAGCGGCCUAUUAGCAGUUCACAUGAUCGACGACCUGUAAGUGGCGCCAGGCCCACUGGGCGGCCGGUCAGUGGUGCUGGACGAUCCAUAAGUGGCUCAGUACCCGCUGCACGGACUGUUAACAGUUCAGGCCCUGGGAGACCAGUGAGCAGCUCAGGACCUGGGCGAACGGUUAGCAGCCCAGGCCCCCCCAUAAGGCCCAAGUGCACUGUUGUCUCGGAAACGAUUUCUUCUAAGAAUAUUAUCAGCCGGUCAGAUAAUGGACAGAUGAAUGGAAUGAAGCCUCCUCUCUCGGGCUACAGAUCUGCCCAAGGUCCUCAAAGGCUUUCCUUCCCUGCCAGCUACAAAAGGCAGCGAGAUUACGAAGAGGAAGAAGAUGAUGCUGAUGAGGAUGAAUAUGACUCUGAAAUGGACGAUUUUAUUGAAGAUGAAGGAGAACCUCAGGAAGAAAUAUCAAAACAUAUUCGAGAAAUUUUUGGCUAUGACCGGAAAAAGCAUAGUCACCAGGAAGAAGUACAGCUGCAAAGACCACGUCUUGUGGCUGCAGACCUGCAGUGCCCACAGUGUUAUCCAGAGGACGAGAACAAGCCAUGGGGAGAUCACUUGAGGAAAAGAAAAUGUUGGAAGAAGAAAGAAAUCUGAUCUUAACUAAGCAGGAGCAAAGAAUGAAAGAAUUGAAGAAACUCCUGACAACCUGGGCUAAGGCCUAUGACCCACAUCAAAGUUUAGCUCAGAUGUCUAAAUCCAAAGUAAAAUAUCUCAGAGAGAGUGAAAAGGAAAGGAUGAGAGAAUACUGACAAGAACUAGAAGAAAGAGAAGAAAAAUUAAAAAUGAAGCCGCUACUAUUUGAAAGUUUCUCAGAUUGUGUUUAUUGAAAUUUAAGAGCUCUUGUCAGCCUUUUUGUCUUGACUUGUUUUAACAUCUUUAGCUCCCAGAUUUACAGUCCAGUUUUAUGUGUCAUAUAAUUAUUGAGAUGUAUUAUUGUUUCUGUGACAGCUUCAUCAAAUCAGCCAAGGAAGUGAUUUUUCUUAAAAUUUGGGCAUGAGGGCCGGGGAUUUAGCUCAGUGGUUCUGCUGCCUGCCUUGCAAGCACAAGGACCCGAGUUCAAUCCCCGGUACCAAAAAAAAAAAUUCGAGGAUGAAUCUUUGUGAUGAAGCAUAUAAAUUUGAUGAAGAACAUGCUGAUAAUCCAGUUCUCAAAAUAUUAGUUUCACAACCUCUUUUUAAUGGCUGGUCUUUAAGUAGCAAUUUGGUUAUAUAUUAAAGUGAAUGAUUUGGAGAUCUCUAAAGAAUUAAAAAAUGAAACAAAUGACAAAAAAGAAAAAAUUCAGUCUGAACCAGAUGUGGUGAUAGGUGUGCCAGUAAUCCUACCUACAGCACUUGGGAGGCUGGGGGAGGAGGGUUGCAAGUUCACAGCCAGCUUGGGCAACAUAUUGUGACCUGGCCUCAAAAACAACAACAAAAAAACCCUGUCACUAACCUAGCUCUGUGUUCUAGGUUAAACCAUUAUCAAGUAAGUGUAGAUGAGUUGAGGCAGCAUUGUUGGAUUGGUAGCUUCAGUAUUAGAUUCAGGAAUAGUUCUUUUCGGAGGGUUCAUUGUCUUUGUCGUCAGGUGUUGAAUUUUUUUCUUUUUUUUUUUUUUUUUGGCACUGGGGAUCGAACUCAGG